UGCAGCACCAAAGCAUCUGAUAGAGUGAGUGUCAGGGAGAGCAGGUCCACGUCCUUGGCUUCAGCAAGCUUCCCGAUGGCCUUGCAGCAGCCUAUUUUGAACCCGUUUGUCCCAUUUACGGGCCCCAUUUUGGGGGGACUGAAUGAGGGGAAGAAGAUUCAAAUCCAAGGCCAAGUUCACCCUUCCGUCAAAAGGUUCACCGUUAAUCUGGUGUGUGCGAACGGAGAUAUUGCCUUCCACUUCAACCCGCGGUUCGAUGAAGGCCGGGUGGUUGUCUGCAACACGCACCAGAGAGGCCAAUGGGGGUCAGAGGAGCGCAGCAGGAGCAUGCCCUUCCAGCCCGGUGUCUACUUCGAGCUGAUCAUCAACGUUGUCGGCCACUGCUAUCAGGUAUCUGUUAACGGCAACCACUUUCUGGAAUAUAAACACCGCCUCCCCUUCCAUCUUGUCCAGACUUUGCACGUCGGUGGGGAAAUCUCCGUGAGUUGCAUCAGCUUUUCAGGGACUUGUGCACCACCGCCUUAUACUCCCCCCAUGAAUUUUCCUCCUGUGUUUGAUGCCGUCGCAGCCACCAAUGCCUGCAUGAUGUUUGCUCAGCCGGGCCACGGAGCGCGCAACGCGUCUAAGAAGAAGAAUUACCAGGGCCUCCGCGGAGUGACCUUGUCCAAUCCUGCUGUCCCAUUCCAGGUUGCUAUCCCAGGAAACUUUGGCCCAUUUCGGAAGAUCGUAAUUGUGGGGAAUGUGCCUUUUCAUUCCAACAGAUUCCAUGUGAACCUGAGAAACACCAUGACUGGCAACAUCGCCCUACAAAUCAAUCCCCGGCUGAAGGAGGGAGUGCUGGUCCGGAACACGUGCACCAACAGCAUGUGGGGAUCCGAGGAGCGGCACAUGUCCGCCAUGCCGUUCUUCCCUGGUCAGGCCUUCCAUAUGGAGAUUGCCUGCCAGAGGAAUACCUAUGAAGUGACUGUGAAUGGAAUAGUAGUAUUUGAGUACAUCCAUCGAAUCCCUCCAGGACAGGUGGACCAAUUGGAAAUUGCUGGAGAUGUGACACUUUCUUGUGUCCAAUACUGACAAGGCUCCGUUCUUCUUACACACCAUUUUUAUUCAAGCCUGUUGUGGAGAGAGAACAGCCAGGGCAUGUCAAUAGUUGCUUUUCCUCCACCAGAUCAGUGCUGCUUCGAAGCAUCUAUCGCGCGUAACUAACUCAUUUAUUGUGGCUUCCCCUGGUAAUUAUAGGGGACUAAGGAUCAUUUUUAGAAAAAUCGUGUUAGGACAGCUGGGAGGGAUGUGGAAACUAUGAUUUUUAAAUGUGUUCAGUUCAUUUAAAUUUGGAGUAUACAUAAAUUUGAAAUGGAAACUUUAGUAAACUGAGACUGGAUAAUCACAUCUCACUUAAACCAUAUUUGAUUACUUCCUUCCCAUACUCUUUUUUAAAUGAUAAUUUAUACAACUACAUAAAUUUGGUCCUAAGCUGCCCAGAGAGCCCUUUGGGCUAUAGCGUGGCAUAUAAUAAAUAUUUUUCUCCUUGGUGAGAAAUAUAGUACAUUCUUAUCAAACUGAUGAUGAAAAGACAGCUGGAAAACUGUAGUCUUCAAUGUACUCUGUAUUGCAUAAUUUCAGUCAGAAUGCUCUUCACAGUCAGCCUUAGAAGUGCAUAAAAACCGUGCUAAAGGGAUGCAUCUAAGUUACAAAGUACUGCAGGUAUCUACCAAUACAACCCACAAAUAUUCAGGCCUCUACUUUCAGAUGAUUGUGUAUUCAGAAAGACACUGCUAAUUUGAAACCAGCUUUCUUCCACCUACAUUAAAUAUGA